UACAGUAAUCGUUUUUAUUUUUACAGCAAUGGAGAUAGUAGGAACAAAGUACAGAGUAGCUGCGGCUGCUACCAUGAGUUCCUUCUUCGCUGUCGGCCAAGUAACCCUCGCUGCUAUCGCCUGGGCCGUACCUUACUGGCGACACAUGACGUUAAUUUUAUACAUACCUCAGUUCAUAGUCAUCACCUACUUAUGGAUAAUGCCAGAGAACGCUCGAUGGUACUUGAGCAAAGGAAGGUAUGAAGAUGCUGAAAGAGUCCUAGAAGACGCUGCUAGAGUGAAUAAAAAGAAAUUAUCAGAAGAGAGUAGACAAAUUUUCAAACAGAUUGCUCAAGAUAGCAAUAACAAAGGACCAGAGAAAGAACCCUGGUUAGUGUCGCUAGUUUUAAAAAAUAAGCCAAUUUUGGUAAGAACAAUUGCGUCACCAAUUUGGUGGAUAUCAACGAUGUGUGUAUACUAUGGCCUGAGUGUCAAUGCUGUGCAUUUAGUAGGGAAUCAGUACCAGAAUUUCAUGUUGGUAGCUGCUGUGGAGAUACCAGGGUUCUGGUUGGCUGUGCUGCUGAUGAACAGGAUCGGAAGGAAGCCAGUGUUGAUUGGAGCCUUCUGGGUGUGUGCUGUCUGCAUGGGGGCGUACGUGUUUGUUCCUGGAGGCAACUACGCUGUUUCUCUAACACUAUACUUGAUUGGUAAAUGCAGCAUAUCGACCGUGAUGGUGUCAAUCCACCUGUACACCGCAGAGCUGUACCCCACAAAGUACCGACACAGUCUGUUUGCCUUCUCCUCUAUGAUGGGCAGGCUGGGGCAUAUAAUCGCGCCACUUACACCGGCAUUUAGCGAGGAAGUGUGGGCAGACCUGCCAUUUGCGAUUUUCGGGUGCCUAGCUUUAGUGUCAGGGGCCCUGGUCUUCCUCACCCCAGAGACCCUAGGGGCCAACCUUCCUGACACCAUGGAGCAAGCAGCCAAUAUUGGCAGAAGAAAACCUUAACACCUUCCUUGACGCUUCACCUACAUAGGCGGGUCCAAAGUCCAAGUCAAUCCGUAAGAAAAGUCAAUGACACGUCGCUGUCAGUGAAGGUUUUAAAAAGAUCCUGAAUUUUAUACUGGAAAUGUGUAUCACAUUUCUUGAUUAGUUUGGAUUAGAUUGUUAUGAUUGUGAAAGAAAUGAGU